UAGCGAUGUCGCGCAAAAAGUUUGACAUCCGACGGGUGCCCGGCGUUGGUAUCAUAUGUGCCGUCAUUUCUGUGAUAUUCUGGUCCACUGCCGGCCUCUGUAUUAAACUGUCCACUGAUGUCCACGCGCUGGAAGUGCUCACAAUCAGCGCAAUCAUUCAGACAGUGAUAUACUUUCUUGUGAUGGUUUACCAGAAAGUGAAUUAUUUGGGCGAAUGUACCGAAAGAAUACCCCUAUUCCUCAGAUGCACGUUAGGCACGGUAUCGAUGGCCUGUCUCUACACCUCCUACCGACUCAUACCGCUAUCGGACGCCACAACCAUACGAUUCACGGCACCGGUAUUUGUGGCCGCAUUUGCCUACUUAUUACUACGCGAACCGUUUGGCCGAAUGGAGAUCCUGUGCGCGUGUAUCACAAUCACCGGUUGUGUUUUGGUGGGCAGACCUACCUUUCUAUGGGGUUCCGGCACUGGUUUGACCACUGAUACCAUAUUGGGUCUGGCGUUGGCCCUCUCGGCCGCCAUAACAAUAGCCAUAUCAAUGACAGUAAUGCGAAAGUUGCAGAAAACUCCGGCACCGGUAGUCAUAUUCUGGUUCUCGUUAGAAACGGUAUGCCUGGGACUGGUCUCACUGUGGGUGCUCGACGAGUACAAGUGGCCCUCCACUGGCAACGUAUGGCUUAUCAUUGCAAUGACCGGCCUAUGCGGUGCGUCCGACCAGUUGUUCAUAACGCUAGCCCUUAAGUUGGAAAACGCGGGUCCCGUAGCCGUUGUCCGGGCGCUCAGUGUUGUCAUCAGUUUUAUUUUUUCGGUCACAAUACUGAACGAGAAGAUACUGGUGACCAGUUUUAUCGGCGGUGCCCUCAUCUUCGCCUCCAUCAUCGUUAUGGGUGUCUAUAAGUGGCGCACAGACUAUAAGAGCGAUGAAAAAGCACCCGUAGGUGACGAGUGCUGUCCUGAAAAUAACAACAAAACCUAUACAAUAGGAGGGCUUAGUGUAGUCCAAGUGCUGCCGUCCGUCCAGUCUUAUAGUAUAUAUCCAUCAUAUAUGGCCCGUGCGGUAGAUCUGUCCGCUCCGCACAUUUUCAGUUACCUCGACGUACAGCACGUGAAGGCACCCGAAGCUCGACAACCAGUUUGA